AUGCUGCUCCCUCCCUCUCUCUUCAUUGCUGCAGCAGCUUGGCAUGUCGGGGUGGGGCAACAGCCCGAGCCACGAAAUAUCAUCCACUCGGCUGGCUUUUGGUCGCUCCCAAUAUCGAUUUGCUGCGCUGCUCGCGCAUGCGUGCUUGUGGUUGCGUGUCCGGUUGGUGAGGCUGAGGAGGCGCCCCAGCUGCUCGUCGCAGAAGGCGCAUCCCGGAUCAAGGGACGCGAUGAUGUCAUGUCACUUGUCCUCACUGUUUUACAGUGUGUGUUGGGUGCCAACAUCUGGUGCACCUCGAUGGGAGUGUUGCGUUUUGGUUUUGGUAUUGCGGACGAUUUAGGCCCUGUUCUUGCAGAUUUUGCUGGCAAAGAUGUUGGCGCAGGCCGGGCUGUGGCUGUUUGCUUCCGCACCUCACCUCCUCCUAGCCCGAUCAAUGAAAGCAGCAGACGGAGCUCUGCUGCACGAAUCUAG